UUUGCUUUCCACUGAGAGAGUUUUUCAAGAUGAGCAUGAACUUAAUGAAACUAUCUUCGACAACCCACACAGAUAAAAACUAAAAACUAAUCCAAACCCAAAUCUGAUCCCAAACUUCCCUUUAACUUCUUCAAACUACUUUCACAAACAAGGAGUCUUCAAGUCCAACCUUCAAGUUCGGAUUUUUGUCCACAAAUGGCAACUGGGAAAGAAGAAGAAUCGAGGAAGAAGAAGCCUACAAUCACACUUCCACCUCGGCCGUCUAUGGAGAGCUUGUAUGGAGUUACCGGGUUCAGCCCUGGACCCAUGACUUUGGUCUCAAGUUUCUUCUCUGAGGACUUAAAUUACCAAUCUUUCUCUCAACUUCUUGCAGGGGCCAUGGCUUCACCAUUGGCUAGACAAACUCCAACUCCAACACCGAGCCUUCUGGUUGAUAAUGGUAGAAAUGAAGAUGUUAAGCAUGGGGAUGAAAGGGGUAGUUUUAGUUUUAAAGAUAGUAGGCCGAGGAGUUUGGUAGUGGCUACUAAUUCUCCUUUUUUUAGUGUUCCUCCUGGGUUAAGCCCUUCUGGGUUGCUUAAUUCACCUGGGUUCUUUCCACCUCAGAGUCCCUUUGGAAUGUCCCAUCAGCAGGCGUUGGCACAGGUUACGGCUCAAGCUGUACUAGCCCAAUCAAAUAUGCACUUGCAAGCUGAAUAUCAACCUGCACAAGUAUCUGCUUCUGCAGAGUCAUUGGCACAUCAUCCAUUGUUAACUCUAGAUGAAGCUUCACAAAAGCCGAUGCAACCUGCUAACUCAGACCCUCAAAGUUCUGUGAUGGAUACAUCAGAGGUCUCUCAGUCUGAUGGAAAGCACCUGAAUCCUUCUCUUGCUGUGGAUAAACCUGCAGAUGAUGGCUACAACUGGCGUAAAUAUGGGCAGAAGCCGAUUAAGGGCAGUGAAUUCCCUAGAAGCUACUAUAAAUGCACGCACUUGAAUUGCCCGGUUAAAAAGAAAGUAGAGCGUUCUUCUGAGGGUGCAAUAACUCAGAUCAUCUACAAAAAUGAGCACAACCAUGAAAAGCCUCAACUGAAUAGACGUGCAAAAGAUGGCUGUGAUGUAAAUGAAAAGAUAAAUUCUCAGGCUAAGCCUGAAGUUGUUUUGCAAGGUCAAAUAGCACCUUCUCAUUCGGUUCCAGGAAAUAACCAGGAAUCUAGUCAUGCAGCUCCCAUACAGAUUCCAGAGUCAAGUGACAGCGAGGAACUAGGUGAUGCAGAUAAUAGAAAGGAAGGGGAUGAUGAUGAGCCAAAUCCUAAGAGAAGGAACAUUGCUGGCGAGCCAGAGGUAAUGGUGUCACAUAAGACAGUCACAGAACCAAAGAUCAUUGUGCAAACAAGAAGCGAAGUUGAUCUUUUAGAUGAUGGAUACAGGUGGCGCAAGUACGGGCAGAAAGUGGUCAAAGGGAAUCCUUAUCCAAGGAGCUAUUACAAAUGCACCAGUGCAGCCUGCAAUGUCCGUAAACAUGUCGAGAGAGCUCCAACCGACCCCAAAGCUGUCAUAACUACAUAUGAGGGAAAACACAAUCACGAUGUCCCAGCUUCAAGAAAUAGCAGUCAGAAUGCAGCCAACAAUGCACCACAACUAAAACGGCCGAAGGCAGUGACUCAGAAGCAUCCGUUACUCAAAGACGUGGAGUUCGGAAACCAUGACCAAAGACCAGUGCUUCUGCGGUUAAAAGAAGAGCAAAUCAUAGUGUAAAGUUCUCUUUCAAAAUCCGUUCAAGUUGUCACGAGACCAGUUCAGUGGCUGCUUCCAUCAAAAUCACAUGGUGCAACAUGAAGAAGCAUUGCAAGGAAUGAUAUGGAAGAAGCAUUGCACCAAUGUAUGAGUCAUGCUGCCUAGACCAACUUUAAAAUCGAAUCCGUAAGUACUAUUGUUGCAUAGGACCUCUCAAAUUUGAAGGCAGAGAUGUUCUUGGUAAUGUAAUUUGACUUGCCUGGUUUUCUUUAGCCCUUGUUCAUUUCUGCUGGCAUUGGCUGUUGCGAAUAUUGGAGCUAAAAGAAAUAGAACCGUAUGUUUGUUCCUUUUCCAGAAAAAAUAAAAAUAGAAGUUACAGCCA